UUCAACCCCUACCGUGCGCCGCUCAUUGCGUAGCUGACCCCACGGAGUAAGGGCUGUGUCCAGAUGUUUUUGCUCCAAGCUCAGGGCGUCGCUCUCUUUCACCUAACCUCACUAUAUCAAGCUGCAGGCUACAACGAUGACAGACGUUAAGCUGUACGACAAGUUUGCUGAUACAGCUACAAGCUUCGUACUCGCAACGUCGCCAAAAGAGGCCGGCACCAACAAACCAGAUCCUGAACGGUUUCUUUCGCUAUGCGCCCCCAACUUUUCACAAUCAUGGGGCCAUAGGUUCUUCAUUGCGCACAAGCCAGGUCUACAAGGCAGUGUCGACGCGCAGGCAUUCCUCGACCACCAAGCCAAGAUGUCGGCAAAGCUGCGAACCUGGAAGAUCGACAUUACCGAUGUUAUCGUCGAUGUGAGGAAACACUGUGCCAUGGUCCGAGGGAGCUUCAAUAUGUUUGCGAAGGGUCAUGAUGAGCCGGUAGUAAACGACAUAGUGUACAAGGUCACAAUGGAUGAGACGGGCGACAAAGUCACUGCGGCGAUUGAAUUCAUCGACGCGGCUGCGACCAAUGAAUUGGCGAGUCAACUGGGCAUUGGAGGCUAGAUAUCGUGGAACCAGGUGCGGCUCGCUCUAGUGUUCCUAUGUGGUCGCGCAGCAAAGCUAAUCCCUUGCCCAUA